CAAAAUUUUCGAAAGCUACCAAGUGGAGCAAAAAUAAGCAGUCGAAACUGAUUCUAUUUAGAAACCAAAACAAAAGCUUUUUCACGUUUUAUAAAAUUUAAAAAUUUAAUCGCAUUUCUUCAAUUAAAGUUUUAAUUGACUAUGUCAGAUAUACUUGAAAUUGAUGGAAGUACACUUGAAGGAGGAGGUCAAAUUCUGAGAAUGUCUUUGGCCUUUAGUGUUUUGCUAAAAAAACCUAUUAGAGUAUUCAAUAUAAGAUCAGGAAGAAGCACUCCAGGUCUCAGACCUCAACACCUUGCUGGUGUCAAUCUUGUUCGUGAUUUGUGUAAUGGCCGCCUUGUAGGUAAUGCAGUCGGCUCAACUGAAAUAACAUUUCAUCCAAAUGACAUUAAAUGUGGGAAGUAUUCUGCUGAUCCUGGUACAGCAGGGAGUAUUAUGCUGUUAUUCCAAGUAUCAUUACCUUGCCUCCUCUAUGGACGUGGUCCUUCAGAAUUAGUAUUGAAAGGUGGUACAAAUGUUGAUAUGGCACCUCAAAUCGACCAUACUCUCAUGGUAUUUCAAUAAACUUUAGAAAAAAUGGGUAUCAAGUUCUCUUGUGAUAUCAUUAAACGGGGCUAUUAUCCCAAAGGCGGUGGAGAGAUACGUGUGAAAGUGUCUCCUCCAAGUUUACCAUUACAGCCCAUGGAACUGAUUCAUCGAGGAACCUUAGUAACUAUUCUGGGAAAAGCUUUUGUGGCUGGAGUACUUCCUGUGAAGAUGUCACAUGCAAUGGCUGAUGGUGCUAUGCAAUGCUUACAAAAACAGUAUCCAACUGCACAAAUAAAAAUUGAGAGAAUCAAAGAACCAUCUCAUUUAGCUGAAGGAAAUGGAAGUGGAAUCAUAAUUGUUGCUAAAAUGGACUCUGGCUGUUUGUUUGGAGGAUCAGCACUAGGAAAAAGAGGAGUUCAGGCAAGUGAAGUUGGUGAAAAGGCAGCAGAGGAAAUUGUUGCUGACACUAAAAGUGAAGCCUGUGUAGAUCGAUAUGUGCAAGACCAGUUGAUACUUUUUAUGGCAUUAGCAAAAGGUGUGUCAAGGAUUAAAAUUGGUAAACCAACCCUCCACACUGAGACUGCCAUCCACAUUGCUCAACUCAUGACAGAAGCGAAGUUCACCAUAGCCAAAGAUGAAAGUGGUUUAAAUUCUACAAUACAAUGUGAAGGCAUUGGUUUGAAUUAAUGACAAAAGAUUAUUUACGUGUAAAUAAUGUUGCAUAAUAAUUGUUGCUAUUUAAUAAAAUUGUAUGAAAACUUAUGUGAAAUAGUUUAUUUAAUUGCUGUUAAAAUUAGUCUUUCUUGUAGACAAAAUUAUUGAUUCUCAUCCAGUUAAGUUUCUACAAUACAAUACAAUGUGUAAAUUCUAUAAUACAAUGUGAUGGCAUUGAUUUGAAUUAAUGACAAUAGAUUGUUUAUGUGUAAAUAAUGCUGCAUAAUAAUUGUUGCUAUUUAAUAAAAUUGUAUGAAAACUUA